AGUGAUGCCGAUCGAUUGAGCGAGCGUAAGCGGAGCUGUUGAUUCGAUAUUUCGUCCGGGUCGACACCCGACGCCACACGCGUUUUACUUUGCCUCGUCGGUAACUCCGAUCAAUCAUCGAUGUCACGUCUUUGAAUCAUUUUGUCCGUCGCCCUAUACCGCACUUUUCCGUACAUUGAGGCGUUUGAAACUCGUCGUUUUGUGCCAACAUGUCUUAUCAGCUAUACAGAAACACGACUUUGGGGAAUACUCUACAAGAGAGCAUUGAUGAAAUGAUUCAGUAUGGUCAAAUAACACCCGCUCUCGGCAUGAAAAUCCUGCUGCAAUUCGAUAAGUCAGUAAACAAUUCGUUGGCUACUCGAGUCAAGUCUAAAAUUACAUUUAAGGCUGGAAAAAUGGACACCUAUAGAUUUUGUGACAAUGUUUGGACAUUUAUGUUAAGUGAUGUAGAGUUCAAAGAAACACAAGAAAUGGCUAAAGUCGAAAAAUUGAAAAUUGUUGCAUGUGAUGGAAAAAGUGUAACUGAUGAAAAUUCAAAGAAAAAUUAAUAUUGACUGUUUUAAAAGUUACUAUUAUUACUAUUAUUAUUAAUUUCUACUCUCACAAAAUAUUGUUGAUGUACUUAUAUAACAUUGUUGAUGUACUUAUUUUUCGUGUAUUAUCUACAUUUUCGAAUUUAAUUUAAUUAGCUGAAACUGCUUAGAACUUUGUGACUUUAUUUUUGCAUUUAGUAUUUCAAAUAAAUUGUGAAAAUUAAUUGAUUCAACAAAUCAAAAAUGUAUUAGUUAAUUUAAAAAUUUAACCUUUCAAUAAAACUAAAUUUAGCUCUUUA